AUAAAAGGCAAGUUCGUGGCAGAGCCGUAGAAGACGGCAAUGUACGUAACUGCCGUAUGGCGAGUGUUACAGAAGAUCCUGCUGUGUAGGCGAGUGUGUGUGAUCCCUCCCCCGGGUCUUCUCCUUUUUUACAUUCUCUUCUCCACUUUCCCUUUUGCCUUCUCAAAACCCUAUAAAUGGCGUCCCAGUCUCUCUCUCCCCCCGAAUCCCACCUAGCUCAUCCGCGCUUCUCUCUCUCUCUCUACAUCUGUCUUGGAUCCUCCACUAGCUACGUCGUCCAUGGAUAUGGUGCUGCAGAGUCGUAGCAGCAACAGCAUGGCGGCGGAGCCGGAGGAGGAGGCGGAGCUCCGGCGGGGGCCGUGGACGGUGGACGAGGACCUUACGCUGAUCAACUACAUCGCGGACCACGGCGAGGGCCGCUGGAACGCGCUGGCGCGGGCCGCCGGCCUGAGGCGCACGGGGAAGAGCUGCCGGCUGCGG